ACAGAAAGCAGCUGAGAAAACAAGAGGGAAGCCAAAAAAACGCUGCUGACAUAGUAGAACAGGCUUGUUACUGUCUCUCAGUUUCUUCUCUUAUAGUGGAUUUGUUGGACAGUCUGUGGAGCUUCUUCUGCCCUGAGAAAACCAAGAUGGAUCUUACGGAGAUGCUUUACAAAAUCAGCAGAUUUCUGCAUUGGGCUCUGGUGUGGUUAAGUGAUCUCACAGCUGGAAUACUUGCUCAUCGGUUAUUCAGGCAGCACUUUCAUUUACUGCUCUCUGUGUUGGUUCUUUUCGGACCUCUUCUGAGUUUUUGGGUCUCCAAGUACAGCAUAUUUUGCAACAAGAACCACUACCUGUACAGGCUAUUCCUUCAAUCUUGCUUUGGCUGGACCUGUAUUUUCGGGGGCUCUUUCGUCUUUCUGUUGUCCUUCAGCAUCAGCAACUCUAUCCUCCACUCGCUCCGUCAUCUCUUACCUUUCGCAGUAUCCGGGAGUCUCUGGACGCUCCUCCGCCUUUUGCUGACCUUCCUUGUGGAUGCUUCUGGAAGCUGUUUUGAGCCGCUAAUAAGCCCAAAUGAUGCUCACAGGAACCCUGAAGAGCUCUUGAACUUUAAGGAAGGCCCUUUAUUACUGCUGAGAGGGGUGGAAAGUAAAGAAGCCUGUCUGAAAGGAGGUCUAAAAUGGCAGGGAUGUGAAGUGUCGCAUGAAAUCCUGAUUCUGACUUUCUGUUGUUUGCUUCUUUCUGAGGAAAUAUCCGUGUUCUGGUCCUUCAUUGGUUUUGGAAAGCCUCUCGGGGUGCCGUUGAGGAUCAUCUUCAUGUUGUGUGUGUUUUUGAUGAGUCUCUGGAUGUUCCUGAUCCUCUGUUUGCUGGCACACUUUCCGCUCUUCCCUUCUCAGCUGGUCGGAGGUGCUCUUGGGUAUCUGGGAUGGAAGGGGCUUUAUAAGGGCUGGGGGGGUUGUAAGCCUGGAUGGUGUUGUCUUGGAAUAACAGGUUGUCAAUCAAGUGGGCAUUACACAGUUAAUUAAUUAAUCAAUUAAUGACCCCCACGCCUGCCUGUUACAUUUCAAUUAUUUUAAAACAUAAUUAAUUAGGGUAAUUAUGCAAGUAAUUGUAUAACAAUGUUUGUUCUGUAGCUAAUUUGAAAAAAAGGCUAAUAUUAGGCUAAUAUUAAUAUUGAUCUUUAAAUGGUUUUAAAAAAUAAAAGAAGCUGCCAAAAAAUUAUAAUUAUAGGAAUAUAUUAUCAUAUUAAGGGAAUAUUGUGAAGAGUUUCUAAACAUGUACAUCAUGUGAAUAUAUGUUUCACAUAGAGAGCUAAAAAUAUAUAUAUAAUGCCUGUAAAGAUCAAGUUUGCAUUUUGUACAUAGAGAAUGAUAAGCCCCCUUUAAAAUUUAAAUUUCACAGUAUGUAUGAUAAUAUUUUUUCCUCUGGAAAAAAAUGUGUUUGUUUUAUUUCGGCUACAAUAAAAGCAGUUUUUAAUUUUUUAAACAUCAUUUUAGGGAUAAAAUUAUUAGCCCCUUUAAGCUAUAUUUUUUCUCGAUAAUCUACAGAACAAACCACUGUUAUACAAUAACAUUCCUGAUUACCCUAACCUUCUACUUAACUUAAUGAACCUAGUUAAGCCUUUAAAUGUCUCUGUAAGCUGUAUAGGUGUCUUGAAAAAUAUAUUAUUUAAUGUCAUCACUUGAUCUUUACAAGCAUUUAUAAUUUAAAAGUAAGUAUUUUUUUCACUUGACCUUUUCAAUAAAAACACAAGUGAC